AUGGCUGUAGCCUCUCUGCCACAAACUACAGAUUUACUCGUGGAUGAGCGAUGGGAUAUAAUAAAGGAUGCAGUUAUUGCUAUUCUCAACAAGACGAUCUCUCCAUAUUCUUUUCAGCAGGUCCAUCACUCCGUGUUUCAAAUGUGUCAGCAGCAACUUAGCGGACUACUUUUUGAACAACUUGAGGUAAUAUUUUCAUCGCAUGUAAGUUCCAUAUGUGAGCGAUUGCGCAGCGUCGCAGAUGUAAGAUUUGUGCAAUGUUUAAAAACAGAAUGGGGGGAAUUUAGUUUGGCAGUAAAUUAUAUUGGUAAGGCCUUGUUGUAUCUGAACAACAAUUAUACGUGUCACAGACAAACAAUUCCAGCCAUGGGGGAAAACCUUUUUUGUAACGUCGUGCUACAAGAUAAUCAGGUAUCUGCGGUAUUUUCUACUUGCAUCAAGCGUGGCCUAUACGCUGAUGAAGUUACUAGACAAACCAUAAAAGAAUUGGGCCUAAAGUUUCUCCAAUUGCACGGACCUUCCCUUUACGAAGACCAACUAGAGAAGCCUCUCAUAACUCACUUAGAUGAGCAUCACCUAGAGGCAAUGGUACUAAAACAAAGGGAGUUGAGCACCACUUGUUAUCUUGGGUGGGCACUUUGGGCCAUUGAGGAGGCAAGAGCAAAGGUCUCUAGUCUCCUUGGGGAAAACACAGGCCAACGUGCUGAAAAGAGGCUGGGAGUAUUAUUAAUCAAGAACAUCACGGAAAAACUUCUUUAUAAUGAACCUGGAAGUGGCGCUUCGAUGGUGCGAGGCAUGGAUGUUUCAUCAUUGCAUCUCUUGGCGCAGGCUCUCGCAAAAGUAGAUGAAUCACAAAGAUGUCUAGAAAUGAUUGCUAACACCACAAUAAACAUGGGGGCUGAAUUGCUAAAAGGUAUGAGUCAAGCUGAUCCGGUACUGACUGUGGAGGAACUCUUGGCUUUACGAGGCAAGCUGGAAAAGCUGGUCUUAAACUUACCUGGUAUUUCCAAAACCACACAAUCCCCGAUAUCUCGAGCGCUUGCGGAAAUUGUCAACAAUAACACCCUAUUUGGUGAGAAACUAGCUUUUUAUUGCGAUGCCAAGGUCAAAGCUAAAAUCACUGAGGCUGAACUGGAGCGCGUUGCUGCAGACGUCUUUGGUUUAUUUCGUCUUUUAAAGUCAAAAGAUGUGUUUGAACACGCGUUCAAACAAAUGCUUGCAGCCAGGUUGAUUAGCUCAAAACCGGAGGAUCCUUUGACACACGAAAUCUUUUUAAUUGACCAGCUUCGCAACGAAUGUGGCGACUCCGUUGUGAAUCAGUUUCAAAUUAUGCUUAAAGACACGCAGAUGCGAGUUGGUAUCAACAAUGGAUUUUAUCGCCAUCUUGGAAUCGAGGCGGAAUUACCAUGCAAAUUUCGUGCCACCGUCAUAACUACUGGCGUUUGGCCAGAGUACACAGACCCGGAAAUUGAGCUUCCAGAGAGCAUGCAACACUGCAUGCUGCUAUUCCGCUCCUACUAUCUUCCACGUCAUAAUGGUAGGAAACUUUCCUUUCACACAGCCUUAGGGACGGUUGUGUUUAAUUUGAAUCAUGCGGGGAGGACGUAUGAGCUUGUGGCACCAACGGCCUUUGUAAAUACAUUUUUUUGCUUUCAAGACGGGAAUCCAAACGAGGAAUGCUUGUCACUGCAACAAGUAUCUCACAGGGCGAAACUGCCCGAAGGAAAUGUCUUACAUCAAUUGGAAUCUUUGGUGCAAUUAGGUUUGAUAGCUGUGUCCCGUGUCAAUGACGUUGCACAGUAUGCCUUUAAUCGUGACUUCAGUCACCCCAAAGGUAGACUGCGUGUGCGCACGGCAAGUGGAAGCAGGGCGCUGGAGGGUGGCAUCGAGCCACGAACACCGCGUGACGCGGAUAAUUCGCACGCAAUCAGUAUUCAGGCGGCGAUCGUGCAAGCAAUCAAGAGUAAAAAAACAAUGGAACACCUCGAAUUGUGUGAGUGUGUGACUGAAUCGAUGCAAAAAGUUGGCUUUUCACCAUCAAUGACUGAAAUAAAACAAGCCUUGGAGGUUCUCCUGAGGAAGGGAUUACUCUCGCGCGGAAGCCGCCCGGAGGUCUACAUUUACGAAGUUUAG